UUUUCCAUCCAAGCUAAGCACCACCCUGUCUAACUUUUUUUCUUAAAUGAAUUUUCCCCUCUCUCUGAACACAUUCUCUCCUUACGUUUUUCUUCUUUGCUCUCCCUUUCCUAUUCACCACGUCUUUCAUUUUAUUUUCUUGAUUUAGAUAUUUCAACACUGGCCAUAUAGGCAGGGGGCACGUUUACAGACCGAUCCACACACAUGCAGAUGUUUCUUUCCAUAUAUAUAUAUAUAUGUGUGUGUGUAAAGUUUAUAUUUUAAAUAAUAAUGAUCGGUUAGUUAUAGACUUCAAUUAUACUGUGUGUGUUGACAGUAGACUUAAAUGAAAUACUAGAUAAUUGUGUAUAGUAGCGUACACUAAAUACCAUAAAUAAGUAGGCUAACCGUUUCAUUUCAUGUAAACAUAGCGACACAUGUCAGUGAACAAAUGUCAUUCAUUGCGUCAGUGAGUUAUUAAAGACAAUUGGCGUCUGCUUUGAGGUAGCUUACCACAUGCCCGCCUCUAAAGUUAGGCUCUAUGUCAUACGUUGAGUAGUCCGCAUCCUGAAAUGGAUUUCUUCUUCAGAAAUUCUACAGUCUGACUGACUAACGGCAAGAUGGAAGGAGAUGGCAAAAAAGAACGUCUAUUUGUUUUGUUUUUUUUCUUCCACUGUCUGUUUUGUCUUAAUGUCCUUGUAGAAUAGGUGGGCUACCUGUGUUGCGGAAUAAGAAGUGUGCGUUUGAAAAACGUUUGAAAUCCUGAGUAAAGUUUACGGCUUCUAUUUUUGGCUCGCUAUGCCCCUUUAUUCUCUAGCGCUAAGCAAUUCCAGAUGGAAAGCAGACUCCAGACGUAACAAUAUUGCCAUAUUUGGUAUGGCAGAAGCCUGCAUUAUUAACAUAUUUCUACCUCAGUUAGCCAACCACAAAGCAUUCCUGACAGCUUAAAGGGUUGUUAAAUAUGUUCUCCAUACAGGAAAUUCCUGUGCGUUCCUUUGGGUUAAUUUACAUUUCACGCAAUCUGUCCAUCACGUUUUGAGAAAAAAAGAUCCCGAUCCAGUUUCCAUGUAAGAUUUUGGUUGGGGAGAAAAUUGCAAAGUAGUUUAGUCUACUUUUCACGGGGGUUCAAAUAAGUGACAUUCCAUCGACAUUCGAAAUUCAGAGAUUAAGACUUAAAAUAGGAUUUAUAACCACGGUAACCAAACGUGACAGAAUAACGGAGAGUAGAAUACUUAAUUAUAUGUUAUGUAGGCUACUGUGAAUGACUUUAAACGCACACAAAGUGCUACGGACCACUUGUGAGUACAUGUUAUGUCUAGUUUCUUGGAUCCCGAUAGGCAUUCGUGAAGUAAUUGAAUACCUUCUGUAGGUUUAUACUGUGAGAGAAGAGUCUGCGCUACAAGCAACCAGCGGUGAACGGAGAUGCGUGCGGAGGCGCUAUUUUCCGACGGAGGCCAUGAAGAAGGCUCUCACAGACCUGAACCUGAACAUCGUGGAGAUGACCGACGAGUCGGCCAGCCUGGAUGGCGGAGAUGUCCUGUUCACAGGUAGAGAGUUCUUCGUGGGCCUGUCCAAGCGGACCAAUCAGAGAGGAGCUGAGAUCCUGGCAGAUGCCUUUAAGGACUAUGCCGUGUCGACCGUGCCCGUGGUGGAGGGGCUGCACCUGAAGAGCUUCUGCAGUAUGGGGGGACCAGGCCUCAUCGUGAUUGGCUCCAGUGAACACGCUCAGAAAGCCCUCAAGAUCAUGCAGCAGAUGAGUGACCAUCGCUAUGAUAAGCUGACGGUGCCUGAUGACAUCGCUGCCAACUGUAUCUACAUGAACUUGCCCAGUAAAGGCCACGUUCUCCUGCACUGCACCCCAGAAGAGUUCCCUGAGAGUGCUAAGGUGUUUGAGAAGCUGAAGGACCACAUGCUCAUCCCCGUGUCCAACAUGGAGAAAGUCAAAGUGGACGGAGCGCUGACCUGCUGUUCCGUGCUCAUCAACAAGAGGACCAACGUCUAAAUGCCCUGGGGUGGGGUGGGGUGGGGUGGGGUGGGGGGGGGGCACCAUCAGGGCUGGCACCAUCAGGGCUGGCUUAGGCUGCCACCACCACCGCCCUGUAGGCACCCUCCUAGCACCCACCUGUCAUCCAUCGGGCUUUCCUUGCCCAUCCCACACCAACACUGCCACUUCAUUGGGUGGUGUUGUGAAUUGUCCUGAUUGAUGUUUUUUUUUUUUUUUUAAUGCAGCUGAACAGUCUGAUCAAUUAAAUUCAUAAUCAUGAAGAUGAAUAUGUGAAGAAAUGGAUUGCAUUUCAUUUUUAAACAUUCACAAUGUUAAAUCAGACACUACAUUUUUUAUUAUUUUUAAUCAGGCAUCACCACACUGUUAUUUACGACACUGAAAUCAUUUUCUAAGGGAUAAUUAAGGGGUGUGUGUGGGGUUUGAUGAAUGAAAAUAGUUUUCUCAUACUUUUAGUCAAAUCAGUGCCACUGAAAGCGUUAAGAGGGUCUUUGUCUACUGUCCAGCCCUGAGGGGCUUUGUGUGGAUUUCAUGUGAUUUGUUGUCUGACAGCAAAGGCGGUGGCGCUAUGGAGUCUUCUGUCUGUUAGUGGGAGAAGGUUCAUUCUUUCUCUCUGAACUGUGAUUUAGGUCUACUUACCUUCAUAUAUAUAUAUAUAUAUAUAUAUAUAUAUAUAUAUAUAUGAUAUAUGUAUGGCUAGUAUUGGAGACUUUAUGUUUGUAGAUGGAAUUUUAGAGUUGACUGUGUGGAUCUAGCCAGAUCUAACAUAGAGUUUGUGUAACCCGCGUUGUGUAGAGAAGCACAGUACCUGUACCGGACUCGAAUUCGCAGCCUCAGGCUGGCGUGCUAGCAAAGAGGCUAAACCCUAUGGGUCUCUUAAGGUGCCGGGGAGUGAUGUUUACUCGCCGCACAGCACUGUACCCGCUGGCUAAAGAAGUGCCACAUUUAGACGAAACCCAUGAACUAUGACGGGAGAACCAACAGCAUGUGUCUCAUGAGGUCACGUCUGCCCUGGAAGUGGGGUUAUUUUUGUAGAAUUGGCCCAAUGAGUGUUGUGUCUCAACCAGUCUGUUAAAGACACAACAAAACACAGCGUUCUGAUCCAUCUCCUCGUGUCCGUGCUGAAGUCCAUAUUUCUUGCCUUGUGUCCUCAGUCCCGGAUUAACUCCAUGAGUAAAAAGCCUGCGCCAGACAAUCGGACCUAAACCUACCAGUUGGCCAGAACAUGCAGAUGAAACCUGACUCUUCUCUUAGUCACUGUAUUAUCCUCCAGCUAUCUAUGACCAAGCUGCCUGGAACCACUCGGACUUUCAUGAGGCCUUUAUUUGGAGGGCCUCGGUGCCGCAUAGGUGUGUCAUGUAAUAAGAUCCUUCAGACAACUGACCCAGUGAGUGAGUGAUGUGUGCCGUAUAACACCAGAGUAGAUUUCCCCACAAAACUACUAGCAUCCUGUUUGUCACUGGUCAGAUGAGCCCAUGUGCUCAGGCUAAGCCAUUGGGAAUGGGCUGUGAGGGACUCUUACUCAACUGUGUCAGCGAUGCGGCACCCUGUUGUCCUUAAACGUAUUUACUCUCAUUUCCAUUUCAUGAGGAGAAGCCUAGUGCUGGGCCUGGCUGGCUGGCCGGCUCCCUCCAGAGGACCUCUCCAGCAGACGAGCCGGUCUGACGGUGCAUACACUCAAAAUGAGCAACACUCCAUCUCUGUUUUUUUUUUAUGUGAGAUUUUGUUGUGGCAGAAGCCUUAAAAUGCAUCAAAGAGAGUGAUUCCUGGUGAUCAAAGAGAGUGAUUCCUGGUGAUCAAAGAGAGUGAUUCCUGGUGAUCAAAGUGGUGUGUGUGUGUGUGAGAGCGGUGCUUCCUGGCCUGCUGUGGUGUCUCGCUCUCUGCUGUUCCAUGGCCAUCCCGGGACAAAGCCAUCGUGAUGAAACACGGAAGGAAUUAUUUUUGGAUGAACAGCUUGUUAGUCAAUACACAGUCUCUCAGUGUCUCUCUCUGUCUCUCUCUAUCUCCAUCUCUGUCUCUCCCUCCCCCCACUCUCUCUCUUUACUAUCUCUCCUCUGGUUGUUGGGUAAUUUAUGACAAUGAUAUCAUACAGUCUGGCAGAGAUACUCGAUGACCAGCCGUUAAAGAGCGUAAUUUGUGACACAGGCAGUAUAUUUUACAGGAGGCUUUUGGCAGGUCGAGUGAUGAUCCCAUAGUUGCAGAGCAUCCAGCAGCGAACUCAUGCACUGCACACUGAAAACUGGACUGCGGUUUGACUACUGCAAGCCUUUAACCGUAUCCCACCCUCCUGGUCUUUCUGCUGUGCGUCUCAGUGCUGGCUAACCCCCAGACCCACCGCCCGUCAAAGGGUGCAGAUCACCCCAAUGCAAAGGUUUUCAUGCCAGUAACAUAGACAAACUGAAAUAUAGUUCUCAGCAUUAUUUCUAACCCUGUUGUCAUUUAAGAUCUAAUGUUGCUCUGACUGUGUGACCUUUGUAGAGACACUGACUUCUAGCCUUGGCUGCUAGCAGCUUAAUUACUUCCAGGAAAUGAAGGUUCAAUUCCACUUAAGUAGGAUAAUUUGAGUGUUCUUAUGUAGUUCUUGAAAGUCAUGUAAUUGGGUUUGUUCUCAGGUUUCUUAUGUUUAGAUUAAGUUUGUUUGCAAUAAUGUGUCAGAAAUAUAUCAGCAUUAACUCUUGCGCUUGAUCUCAAAUAUGCUGUCAUUGAAUUUGGCUAAUAAAGUUUGUUCUAACAUCA